GGUCGCGCUCCCCUCAUGCUGGCCCCGCGCAGCUGCCCUCGGUCCCCUGCCAGGAAUGUGUCGGGGGGGGCCCCACCCCACGCCCUCUGCCUGCCUCUCGGCUUCCUCUUCUGCAGCUAUUUAACCGCCGUCCCAUCGCGUCCGGCACGGCUGGGCCAUGGAGCGCCUGGAGGUAACGGAGACCUUUGCCGGCAUCGCGCUGCCCGGGCACCUCCACACCGCAGAGUCUCUGCAGUUCGCCACCAACUUCCCCUUCCGCGACACCGAUGUGGUCAUCGUCACCUACCCCAAGUCGGUGUCACGCCAUGUUGCACCAAGCUGUGCCGUGCCAUGCCAUGCCGUGCCGUGCCGCGGUGCCCCGUGCAGGGUGGGGGUGCCCUGACGGCAACCUCCCCAGGCACCACGUGGAUGCAGGAGAUCCUGACGCUGCUGUACAGCCGUGGGGACACGCAGCCGGCCAAGACCAUCCCCAACUGGGAGCGGGCGCCCUGGCUGGAGCAGAUCCACUUCCGCAGCUCGCUGCGGGACACGGCCACGCACCGCCUCAUCACCAGCCACCUGCCCGCCCGCGUGCUGGGCCCCCGGCUGCAGGGCAGCAAGGCCAAGGUGAUCUAUGUGGCCAGGAACCCCAAGGAUGUGGUGGUCUCCUAUUACCACUUCCACCACCUGGCCAAGUUCCUGCCUGACCCCGUUUCCUUCGACGCCUUCCUCCAGCAGUUCCUCGAGGGCAAAGUGCACUAUGGCUCCUGGUUUGAGCACAUCAAGGGCUGGCUGGGCCAGCAGCAGCUCCUCGACAUCAUCUACGUCACCUAUGAGGAGCUGCACCAGGACCUGCGCGGCACAGCGCAGCGGCUCUGCUCAUUCCUGGGCAUUACGCCGGAGCCGGGGACGCUGCUGACGCUGGAGCAGCACUGCAGCUUCGCAGCCAUGCGGGACAACGCCAUGGCCAACUACACCCUGAUCCCCUGCGAGAUCAUGGACCACAGCCAGGGCCGCUUCAUGCGCAAAGGCGUGGUGGGUGAUUGGCGCUCCCACUUCUCACCGCCACAAAACGCCCUCUUCGACCGCGUGUACCGCGAGGAGAUGUGUGACACCGAGCUGAGCGCCCACUGGGCCAUGGUGUGAGGACGGGCAGCAUCGUACCGGGGCGGUUCCUGGCUGAGCGCCACCGCCAUCCCCGGGGCCGCCAUCCCCCGGUGGCCGUGACCCCCCGACCCCUCACUUCCUGCAGCGCGGUGGGGAGCGCGGCCCCGCUUGGGAAAGAAUAAAUAUUUAUUGCCA